AUGGGUACUGCACUCAUCCAGUUCAUCCCGUCCGACGGGCCCGACUCGAACUCGUACCAGAAAGAUGGCACACUCAGCAAGUCCGAUCUCGAGUCCGCCUCAUCUAUCAACAAGAGACCCCACAGACAACGCUGGCCGUUGUGGAAGAAGAUGGUUAUUCUCGGCUUCCUCCUCGUGUUGAUCAUUCCCCUCGCGGUGGGCGUCCCUGUCGGGCUGUGCAUCAAGAAGGGCGACUCUGCAUCCGCCUCGACCCCUGCUUCGGCUUCUGCUUCGGCCUCGAGCGCUGCCUCUGCCGCCGCCUCUGCCACCGCCACCGUCUCGCGCCCGGGAGCCGUCUGGCAGCCGGCCGUCGGCACGACGUGGCAGAUUGUUCUCAGCGAGCAGGUCUCCAUUACCAACGGCAAGCCUACCCCCGACGUCGACGUCUACGACAUUGACCUGUUCGACGUUCAGCCGUCGACGAUUGCCUCCCUGCAUGCCGCGGGCAAAAAGGUCAUCUGCUACUUCUCUGCCGGCAGCUACGAGGACUGGCGCCCCGACGCCAAGGACUGGGACAAGUCCGACCUUGGCAGCGACCUGCAGGGUUGGAAGGGCGAGAAGUGGGUCAAGACGGGCUCGGCCAAGGUCCGCUCGAUCAUGGCCCAGCGCAUCCAGAUGGCGGCCGACAAGGGAUGCGACGCAGUCGACCCUGACAACGUGGACGCGUACGACAACGCCAACGGGCUGGGCCUCACCCAGGCCGACGCGGCCGACUACGUCAAGUUCCUCGCCCGAGAGAGCGCCAAGCACAACAUGGGCUGCGGGCUCAAGAACGCCGCCGCCAUCGUGCCCCAGGUCAGCACCGACGUCCAGUUCUCGGUCGUCGAGGAGUGCGCCCAAUACGGCGAGUGCGCAUCGUACCGCGGCAUCAUCGACAAGAACAAGCCCGUCUUCUCGAUCGAGUACCCCAGCGGCGCCGGGACCCAGAUGUCGUCCAACUCGCUCUCUGCCGUGUGCAACGCCGGCGGCAGCGCCGGCUUCUCCAUGGUCAUGAAGAAGAUGAACCUCGACCAGUGGGUCCAGUUCUGCAACGGCCAGGUGUCGUAG